AUGUGGUCAACAACAAAUUCACAGCUUCAAACUCUGAAGAUCAUGAGACAUGAAUACCCCAUUUCAUAUUUGAUGGCCAUGUUUCUUGGCAGGAAGAGAUCCAGAGUGUCUGGUGUCAUGGUCACACAACACGUUGAAGAACUGCCACCUGGAUCUUCUACUCCUGAUUUCAUCCGAAAACCCAUAGCCUUAACUAUACAGGAAGGCAAUCUAGCCUUUUUCAAAGCUGUUGUGAGUGGAUAUCCAGUACCAGAAGUUUCCUGGGCACGUAACAAGGGAGAUAUCUAUAAUUUUACAAAAUAUGUUUCACGAUUUGAUGAGAAGAAUGAAGAAAUCAUUCUACAGAUACCAAAUGUAGCUUCAGAUCAAGCAGACAAAUACAAAUGUUUUGCCAUAAAUCCAUUUGGAAAGGCGGUUUGUACUGCUGCACUGAAUGUCAUUAAGGUUGGAUUCAAGAAAAGAGCACCAGCCCCCAAAAGUGACCCUGAUGAGUUCAGAAAAAUGCUGAAGAAAACGGUUGUGAAGAGAAAAGAAAAACAAUGCAAAGAAGGAGAAAUCGAUCCGAGGUUCUGGGACGUGUUACUGAGUGCACCGAGGAACGAUUAUGAACAGAUUUGUCAGGAAUUCGGAGUCACCGACUUCAGACGGAUGUUAAGAAAACUUAACCAGAAGAAAAAGGAAAGAGAAGCAGAACAGUCCAAGUAUGUCGAGACAAUCCACAGCUUGAAACAGAUCGAGGUAAAAACGGAUGGCACAGCGGAAUUUGAACUUGACAUGAAGUUAAAGGAUCCUAACAGCAAAAUCCUUCUCUUCAAAGAUGGGGAAAUGCUUGAAUAUGGAGAUGGAACUGAUGAGGCCACAAAACAUAAUAUGCAAAAAUUUUAUGAAACAUAAUUGUUCGGCAUUAGGGAUGUUGGCCCUGAAGAUGCUGGGUUAUAUCAAGUGGAUGUAGAGGAGGUGAACAUGUUCUCAACGUCCCUAAUGUUGCCUGGUGUGGAGUUUAAUACAACACUGAAAGAUACUAAAGUGAUUGAGGGGCAGGAUGCAGUGUUUGAAUGUUCCUUAUCGGACCCUGUACACCAAAUCACCUGGUGUGUCAAUGACAUCUCUGUUGAGCAUGGGGAAAAAUAUGACAUUACAGUGUCAGAAGACAAGCAAGUCCACAAACUAGCAGUGAAAAACUGUAAAAAAGAGAACAAGGGAGUCUAUACGGCUAUUGCUGGGCUCAGGUCAAGCCAGGGGACUCUGGAUGUGGAAGAUGAUCCCAGUGCCCACGAAAAAGAUGAUUGUGCAGAUGAACUAGCCAGACGUUUAGCAGAAGAGAAAGCCAGACUGCAGAAGGAACAGGACGAGGCGGCCAUGAGGGCACAGGCUGAAAAAGAUGAAGCAGCCAGGAGGUCCCAAGCUGAAAGAGAUGAGGUAGUUAGGAAGGCCCAGGCUGAAAAAGAUGAAGAAGCCAGGAGGUCCCAAGCUGAAAGAGAUGAGGCAGUGAGGAAGGCCCAUGCUGAAAAAGAUGAAGCAGCUAAGAAGGCCCAGGCUGAAAGAGAUGAAGCAGCUAGGAGGGCACAGGCAGAAGGAGAUGAGGCAGCCAGGAGGGCAAAGGCCCAGCGAGAUGAGGCAGCCAGAAAAGCUCAGAAAGAACAAGAUGAGGUGGCCAGGAUGGCCCAAGGUGAAAGAGAUGAAGAUGCCCGUAAAGCCCAGGCUGAAAAAGAUGAGGUGGCCUAUUUAGCCCAAGCUGAAAGAGAUAAGGCAGCCAACAAGGAUGAGGCUGAGAGAGAAGCUGUUGAAAAGAUGGCAGCUAUGGCAGCAGGAAAAGGCAGUGGGGGAUCUAACCUGGAAGAUGCGAGUGAGGGUGAUGGAACGCGGAAGAAAGGAAAAGGAGGAGAUGGUACCUUGGUAAAUGGAUUAGGAGAUGGGAGUGGAAAUCAUGGAAUAGGUCAUCGAUUGGAUUUAGAUGGAUCAGGUGGCGACUGGUCAAGUGAUCAUCGUAAGAAGCGGAUAAGAGUCGACAGGCCAACUCCACCACAAGGACCUGUAGAAAUCGUAGAAAGCUCCUUGUCUGCCAUUGCAUUUAAAUGGAAACCCCCAAAGGAUGAUGGUGGUUGUCCAGUGACUAAUUACAACCUGGAGCGACAGCAGCUGGGACGGAACACCUGGACUAAAAUAGGAGACAUUCCUGGACAGCCUACCUACAGAGACACAAACAUAGAUUGUGGCCGAAAGUACUACUACAGAAUCCGGGCAAAAAAUGUUGAGGGCUUCAGUGAAGUCUUGACAACUAAUGAUAUUGCUGCUGGCACUUUGGCAUUCCCUGGCUCUCCUGCUCCUCCUAAAAUAGUCAGUGCCUUUAACGACUCCAUUAACUUGGCCUGGCUUUCUCCCUCCAGCACUGGAGGGGGCAGUAUCAUUGGAUAUAACGUUGAAAAAUGCAAAAAAGGUAGCAAUUUUUGGAGUCAUGCAAACCCAAAAGAUGAUCCAAUCAGAGACAAAAAAUGUGCAGUAAAAGAUGUAAUCGAAGGUGUGGAGUAUGAGUUCAGAGUGAGUGCUAUUAACACAUGUGGUCCUGGGGAACCAAGUGGGCCGUCUGAAUGUGCAAUUGCAAGGGACCCCAAAAGUAAGACAUGCUCAACAAAUUUAUACUCAAUACCACAAAUUUAUACUCAAUAUUUUGUGGAAAUCAGACCCACAGACCAACUUGAGUGGAGCCGUUGCAAUACAAACGCAGUGAUUCAGACUUCCUUCACUGCUGUGGGAUUGAAGUCAAUGACCAUGUAUUGGGUUAGAGUGAUCGCAGUCAAUGAAGGAGGAGAGAGGCUUCCACAGAGCUUCGACAAUUACAUCAUUGCCAUGCCUCCUACAGUAAAGCCAAAGUUAAAUGACAAAAAAAUGAAAAGUUUCAUGGUUGUUAAAGCUGGAAUCACUGUUCGUGUCAGUGUCAGUUUUGAGGCCUCUCCUUCACCAGACAUAACAUGGCUAAAGGAUGAUGUUCCUGUAGCCAAACAUGUGACAAUUACUAAUUUUGAAAAAGUUUCUCAGCUAUUUAUUUACACCUCAGAGCUGUCUGACACUGGCAUUUAUACUGUCAAUGUGAAGAAUAUGGUGGGCCAGGACACCUUCACUAUUGAAAUAAGAGUAACUGAUCAUCCCAAGCCUCCAGGUCCUGUAGAACUGGAACAGCAUGUCCAAGGCACUGUGACUCUGUCAUGGACUCCUUCUCCUGAUGAGAAACGAGACAACCAUCUGCAUUACAUGGUGAUGAAGCGGGACUCGCAGCAAACAUGGCUUACACUGGUUGACUGUUUGUUCAACAACAAAUUCACAGUCAUUAACAUCUAGCCUGGAAGAGAGUACAAUUUCAGAGUGUUUGCCAAAAAUGAUAUAGGUCUCUCAGAGCCCUCGAUGUCUCCAGUUUGGGGAAUCACAAAAAAAAGAGAAACAUUCACAUAUAGCAUGCCUGUAGCAAAGACCAUCGACUUCCAGGCAGCCCCAAAAUUUAUUGUUCCUUUGAAACUUCACACUGAUCCACCAGGUUAUGAGUGCUAUAUGAGCUGUGCUGUGACGGGCAACCCAACCCCACAUAUUACCUGGUACCAUAAUAAUGUCAACCUCAACACAAACCCCAACUACUACAUCACAAACGUGUGUGGUGUUUGUUCACUGCUCAUCCUGAGGGUUGGACCCAAAGACAUGGGAGUGUACAAGGUUGUAGCUGAAAGCCCUCUUGGUCAUGAUGAGUGCUCCACCAAACUUACAAGUGAAGAAACUUCAAACAACACAGGCUGUUAUCAUAUUUCUUGA